AUGCGCAAUGGCAGCUGGAUCGAGUUCUACCUUGCCGAGAGGGGCAUCGGCGACGACCUCUGGCUGUCCUACUCAACGUCCCUGCACUGGAGCCUGACGCAGUUCACGCCUGCCUCGAUGGAGAUUUUCCCGCGGAACGUGGCCGAGCGAUUCUUCAACGUCGGAAUCAUCGUGCUGGCUCUGCUCGUCUUCUCCUCGUUCGUGUCCAGCAUCACCAACGCCAUGAAUCACAUCCGCAACAUCAACGCGACCAACACUGAGCAGGAGACCAGGAUACGGCGGUACUUCCGCGAGAACAGCAUCCACCACGACCUCGCCAGCCGCGUGUGGCACUUCGUCCGCAACAACCGAAAGGUGAAUGUGCGGCGGCUCAGGCUGGCCCACGUCACCAGCCUGGAAGGCCUUCCCAUCCGCCUGAAGGACGAGCUGCUCCAGGCGCAGCACCUCCCCGUGAUGCAGAGGCACCCGUUCUUCAAGCUGUACCUUCCCACCGUAGGCGCCUCCAUGAAGAAGCGGUGCGUGCAGCUGGCCAUCCAGGAGGCUGACCCCCUUGCCUCGGGGGGGUCCCUGGAGGCCAUCAUGGUGCCUGGCAAGGUCGCGAAGAGUACUGGGCUGCGCAACGAGUCGUACGUGGUGAAGAAGAUGGUGUUCUGCCUUUUCGGGAGCCUGGAGUACAACGACCCGAACGGCGAAGUCAUCGACGACGACCCUGGGUGCAUAGUGUCACCAGGCGAGUGGGCCUGCGAGGCCGCGCUGUGGCUCCAGGAGGCCACGCUCCAGGGGCGCCUCGUCGCCGGCUCCAGCGGCUGUGACGCGCUGCUGGUCGACGCGGACGCCUUCCGCAUCAUCGCGAAGGAAGACGUGGAGACCCAUCACUACGUUGCGAAGUACGCGGUCCUCUUUACGAACCUCUUCACUGACGCCAUGCAGAUGUCAGUCGGCUCGGACCUGGGCGCCGUGGAGGAGGAGGCGGAGGAGAAGCCUGGCAGCACAAACAUCCUCUUCAACGACCCGGAGGUACUGGAGCCUGCCGCCAGAGACGCGUUCACGGACUCGCACAAGCACGGGAGCAUCAUGCUGCUGGGCGCCAUCAAGGGGUUUUCCCAGCGGAACUCCAAGAUGGCCCGCUCCAGCACACGUAGUGGCCGCGGGAGCACCUCCACCGCGGAGCCCGAGGAGAGCGACGCCGCGUCCCUGUCCUGA